AUGGCCGCACACGCUCGACAUCCCCCCUUCCCCAAUCGCUCUCCUGAUCUACCCAUCAUCUCGCCAACAGCGCGCGGUACACGAGCUUUGCCCGCCCUGUCGCAAACACCAGGCGCCCUCGCACCCUCCCUCGCCGCCGACCUACACAUCUCCGAAACCCCGGUUAACUACUUCGCCCGCAAAAACAACAUAUUCAACCUCUACUUCGUGAAGAUCGGGUGGCUGUGGACAACCCUUGCCUUUGCCUCGCUUCUCUUCUGCCAACCAGCCUACCGCUCCUCAUCAUCGCUCUCCCAAUCUCAGCAACAGACUCGCCUCCGCCGCACUUUCCAAGCCUUCCUCCGGUACGCAUUCGCGACAGCAGUAUGGUAUCUGAUGACGCAGUGGUUCUUCGGGCCUGCGAUCAUCGACCGGGGCUUUGUGGUGACGGGUGGGAAAUGUGAGCAGAUUCUCAGCCAGGUGGAGAAUCUGGAGUCCGAGCCGAGUGCGUCUGCCCAGCUUGAGCUGCUGUUUAGUGCGGCUGCUUGCAAGGCUGCGGGUGGAUCGUGGAGGGGUGGACAUGAUAUCAGUGGACAUGUAUUCAUGCUUGUACUUGCGACUGCGCUUCUUUCGUUCGAGGCUAUUGGUGUUGGUGCAUUCAUUGCCCCUUCAGCGCGCGCUGAUGGGGAGACGACCCGGGAACGCAAGGCGAGUGAUCCGACCGUCUCGGAAGGUGAUCAGGUGGAUGGCUCUGAUCCGAUCAAGACCUGGUCGCUGCGCUUGGUCUGGGCCGUGGUCGGGCUGGGUUGGUGGAUGCUUUUCAUGACGGCUAUCUGGUUCCAUACGUGGUUGGAGAAGUGGUCGGGUUUGUUUGUCGCACUGAGUACUGUAUAUGUGGUUUACAUCCUCCCGAGAAGACUUGCGCCUUGGAGAGAGAUUAUCGGGAUUCCGGGGGUAUAG